AUGCAGCGGCUCGAGGACGUGGAGGAGACGGCAACGCGGCUUUUUAAGGGGCUUGCAGCCGUGAAGCUGCCCACUGCAUUCAGUUCGGCCAUCGGGGACUGUCUGAUCGGAGACCAGAAGACGCGGCUUAUGUCUCCCACCGCCCUUGCGGCCCCCGUCGACCAGUCGGAGCAGCUGCAAGACAGCAAGGCGCUGGAACACUUCUCGCUGUUCCUUCAAGACGGCUCUCCAGAACAGUUUUCCUCUGUCGCCCGCACUCUUUCAGCCGUCCACAAGCUGAAAGACCCAGCACUCGGCCAGAAGGACGAGAAGGUGCUCAAGAAAGCCGCGAAGCAGAAGGCAAAGCAACAGCAGGAUGCGGUGUCCUACCUGUUGCGCAGCGCAUUGCCGGAGGGGCUGAGAGGGCUUCUGUCCAGCUUCGGUGACGAGGCCAUGAAAAUCUCCUAUGCGUCGGUGUCGCUCGAUUGCCGGCUGGUGAUUCGCAUACUGCGGCUCGGGCUGCACCUAUCGAACGUGGUUGCGACGCUGUGUGUGGUUCUCCUGUGCGUGCAAGUGACCCGUUCUCAUAGCGAGAUGCUGGUGAGGAUUGCGCGAGGAGAGACGGUGUCACCAUUUCGUUCGAACAGAGUGAUCAGGAAGCUCUUUGGGAGCACCGCCUACGCGUCAGCCUCUUUCUUCGUGGGCAUAUUAUAAGAGCAGGCACGCUGGAAGGAAGCAAGCCAUAUUCUCCCCUUUUGUCUUGUGUCCCUUGCUGAUCUGUCAGGUACACUCUCACCAUCCUUUCGUACUGGACAGUGCACAUCAUCAUAGGCCUCAUCUGCGCCGGGCUGAGCGUUGUCUAUGCCGACACGACCCUCAGGCGGAGAGCGAUCUCCGCUGUCUCCUACUACCUCAUUUUCUUGGCUGUCGUUUUGGUCCUCAAGUACCUCUUCGUGGAGACACUGCUGCUGCGGUUCGUGCUGAUGGACAAGAGCAACAGCAUUCGGCGACCCCGCCUGUUUGCGGUCAUGUAUGUGGCGAUCAUCGUGGUCAACUUCGCUUAUGGCCUGCUGAUGGGGGUGAUAUCGAUCAUCGCUGGGAUCUUCUUUGGAGUUAUCCUGGUCUUUCAACCGGGCCACUCAUUGUUCCCGAAGUCAGCGCGGAACUGGUGAGACAUUCGUGUCUGAGACAUCACAGGAGAGGGUGUCUGCUAAUGGUCAUUCUCUGCCCUCCAUAUGUGUGUGUGUGUGUGUGUGGAUCUGUACUGAACGAAAAUCAGGGACCCAGCAUACGUUUCCUUCCUAGUACGAGGCGGACAACAGAGAGGCAUCAACAGAAAGGCAUCAUUGUGUCUCUUCCGUAUCCUUUCGUCAGGGCGCGUUGUAUCUCGCCCACGAGGAGUUCAACCCAAUCGCCCGCACGGCAGUGACCUUGCUGUCGGCCGAAGGCAAGAGACGUCAUACGAUUCCUCCCGAGGACGAGCAAAGAGUGGCAGCUCACCGGCGAGCCAGGAAUCGGUGGCAUCUUGCACUGACCCUGGUAAACAACCCUUCUCUCUGUCAGAGCAAAGCAUACGCUCUGUUGAGAAGAAACGAUGCUUCAAAUGCGAGACAGAGAGCCUCAGGGCAGACGGAUGCCGGGACCCAAGGGAGCGACGGGACGGAGGCGGUGUGAGUGCUGCACUGCAUGUAAUGUGUGGAGACGUGAGAUCAUCCUGCAAUCAUCAUGAUCAUGUCUGGUGCCCUUACUUUCUCUAACCGUGCCGGCGCUAUAAGACACGCACAAUGAAGGUCCAUUGCUGGCAAUGGACCCCCAUUGCCGUCGGUGCC